UGUAGUGAAAACAGAUCGCAAGUGAAGAAAACACUAGAAAACAUGUAUAUUGUAACAAUUUACGAUAAAAAGACGAUCACUGUCAUCAAAGAAAGGCUAAGUCAGAUUGGUGCUAGCUAUGUUUUAAAACAGCAUUUAAAUGAGAAAACAGGAAAGUAUAUCAUGAUAUGUUACAAACAACGUGCUAACAGUUUCAACCAGGCAAUUAAAGACUUGAAACAAUUCGACCUCGAUAUCAAACCUGCCAAUUUAGUCUGGGAUACAGAUUCAAUUAAAAUAGAAGGACUCCCAAAUGCUAAUAGAUAUGUGGUGAAUAAUCAGUUGAUAUAUUCCAUAAGAUCUGUAGAGAAAUACGCACCUUGGAUUCGACAUAUUUAUAUUGUUACCAAUGACCAGACUCCAAGUUGGCUCAACACAUCAUAUGAGAGAAUUGCGGUAAUAAGCACGAAGGAGAUAUUUCCAAACCCGAAAUAUUUGCCGACUUUCUCAUCCCCUGCUAUUGAAAGUUAUAUGUAUCGUAUUCCUGGUUUAUCAGAAACAUUCCUCUUCAUGUGCGACGAUUUCAUUUUUGGACAGCCAGUCACUUUACGUGAUUUUUAUACCUCAGAGGAGGGGUAUAAGAUUAAAUGGGAUGCUGCCUUGCCGCCUUGCUGGUUUAGAUGCUUUAACACGUUGCUAGGUAACGGUAAAUGUGACAGGUCAUGUGACAACAUCAGGUGUGGGUGGGAUCAUGGUGAUUGUAGAAAAAUAACUCGUGCUCAUAUCAAACAAAUGUAUCCAUUGUUUUAUGGCGGAAACUUUAAGGGAUCUAUAUAUAACACAAUUGCGAUGUUUAACAGGCAUCGGUUGAACAAUGAUGGCGUAGUUCACUUUAAUUUCCCACCACAUCGACCAUUGCUGGUGAAUAGACAAAUUGCUAGUGAUCUUUAUAAAACAUUUCAUGAAGAGUUUAAGAUAUCAUCAUCCAUCCAUUUUCGUUCCCAGUUCAAUGUUCAAUACACAAUGGCGUAUCUACUUUAUAUCACAACAACACAUGUAACAUUAACACCAGCAAAUGUUUUUGAUGAAUUAGAUAAAAAUAAAACCGGGCAAGUAUGACGAGACAGUUAUGAAAUAAUGACAAGAACUUAUAUUUAUUUUGUCAGGCAUUAAGCUUUUGUCAACAAAAUUAUAUUUUAAAACAAAUUUUGGCUACUUUCAGAUGAGAACAAUAAUUUUUGACAAGAAAAAUAGUUUCUCAUUUUAAAACUUAAAUGAAAACUAGUGAAAGGUUUACUGUUGGUGACCGCUUAUAUCCUAUGCUGCAAUAUUUAUGUAUCAAAGA